UAAGAUUUGAAAUUUUUUGCGCUACCACGGACAAAUAUCUCUCUACGGUUCUCGCUCGCCGGCGGAGCAAGAGCUCGCGAGGAGACGGACCGUCUCAUGAGCGUCUCCCCAGUUACUGCUGUCUCGGCACUUUCCAUCCGUACAAACUCACUUCUGCAUUGGGCCAAGCUUGGUUCAAGACAGGGUCUCGUACAUGUGACAUUGCUCCUGGUCUCUUACUGACAUGCAGCCAGGCUGAUCCCUUGCCAGAAAGGAUUCUGUUCCGCUCAGAGUAGAAUUUCUCGCGAUACGGAGGGCGAUUGCACUGUUGUCAACAGUCAAUAAAGGGCCUCAGUGCUGCAAUUUUCAGCUCAUCUGCAGAUCCCUUCGCAUUUCCCAUCAUCUAGGGUAGUUGUUUCAUGAUAUCUACCUACCAAGUCCCGAUCUGCCGAACCUCCAGUUUCGACCUAAUAUGAGGGUCGCAUUAAUUCUUUCACUCGGAACUUCGGCCACUCUAUCCUUGGCUCAAGAUGGUUUCGAGCCUGCGGACUUUAACGUGACGGAAGCAUUGUUCCAGAACGGUGUCAACGUAUCAGCCAUUCCCGAACUGGCUCCACUGUCACAAAGAUCGCUCUCUAACCCCUGCUCAAUAGCCUGCGACUCUCUCAGACUCAUUUAUGGGAGUAAAGUUUUCAUUCAAGGAGCGGAAUACGAAGCCUUUACCGAUGCUUACUGGUCAAACCAGGCUUCUGCAGUUAACCCAUAUUGUAUAUUCAACCCUACACAAGCACUCGAGGUAUCAACAUUGGUACUGAUUUCUCGCUUUACGCAAUGUCCAUUUGCGGUAAAGAGCGGCGGGCAUACUGCAUUUCCCGGAGCAUCGAGCAUUGAGGGAGGUAUCACAGUAUCUCUCGAAGCGCUGAACGAGAUCUCUCUGUCUCCCGACAAGAAAAUCGCAGCUGUUGGAACUGGCAAUCGUUGGGGUCGUGUUUACACUACUCUCGCAGAGCACAAUAUCACCGUCGCCGGCGGUCGCGCAUCAGAUGUAGGCGUUGGUGGACUCCUCCUAGGAGGAGGAGUGUCCCAUCAUUCCAAUAUAUACGGUUUCGGAUGCGAUAAUGUUGCUUCGUUUGAGGUCGUGACCGCCUCAGGUGUCAUCAUAAACGUCAGCCGUACGAAGUUCCCUGACCUUUACUGGGCUCUCCGGGGUGGCGGAAACAAUUUCGGAAUCGUUACGAAGUUCAAUCUUGAAUCUUUCUCGCAAGGCCAGAUAUGGGGAGGGUUCCGAGUUCACCUUGAGCCGCAAUAUCCUGCACUUAUCGAAGCAUUUGCAAACAUGGUCGAGAGCGCUACUGAAGACCCAAAGGCGGUUCAGAUCUUGUCUUUUGCGGUGACAGCAGGCUCACCCGCGGCGCAAAUUGAGCUGGAAUACAUUGUGCCCGUCGACAAUGCCAACCCACCUGCCAUUCUCAAGGAGUACCUAUCUAUUCCCGCAAUCAUGGACGGCACCGCAAACCGAACCCUCGCUUCAGCUACGGAUAACCUCAGCGCGCAAAUGCCCGAUGGACAUCGUUACUCGUUCUGGGCGGCAACGUUCAAGCUCAAUCGCGAUCUGAUGACGUGGAUGAGAGAAAAACACGCCCAAGAUGUGGGAUCCCUUCCUGACCAGGGCUCUCUUACCUUUCAAGCCUUCACUGUUCCAGCCAUUCAGCAAAUGAAGAAGAAUGGCGGUAAUGCUCUAGGUCUUGACGCUGCAGAUGGCCCGUUAUUCCAUGUGCUUCUGUACAUGGUGUGGGAGGACAGUACGAAGGACAAACUACUCAACAAGGCUGCGCAGACUUUCAUCAAUGCUGCAAAGGCGGAGGCGAAGAGCCGUGGGCUGGCCAGUGAUUACAUCUACCAGAACUACGCCGGUCCUUACCAGAACGUCAUUCCUGGCUACGGGGCUGUAAACCUUCAAAGAUUGAAGUCGAUUGCAAAGAAAUACGAUCCAACUGCUGUAUUCCAGACUUUGCAGCCCGGUGGCUUCAAACUCGAGGGUGCACCGUACGGUGAGGUAAUAUAGAUCGUUCUUAUGGGUUUUUUUCUUUGGCUUAUAGACAUGAAUUUUCUUACAUCAAAGCCCAGAAUCAAGACAAAAGUUGCAAAUUCUUUAUCUUGGAAUGAGGUCCUGCUCACAAAACGAAGUCAAGAAAUUCCACUCAAAAGUAUAGAUGAAGAAGGGAAAGGUUGAGGGCUAGGCCACUUGCCGAUGAAAAUCCUAACAAGGCAACACUGUACUUUCCAACAUCACCGACUCCGUAGGGUUGACAAGAGACUUGUUGUUUCUCGCCUAUUGAGAACGACCCC